CUUCCCAUUGAUGGUUUAGCCUUUACCGACGUGUAUUUAGUUGUAGCCAUUGCGGAAAUAGGAAGAAAUGACAUCUGAGGUUGAGCACACAAUGUUUAACGGGGUUCAGGGCCCGGGGCCGGGAGGUGGCGGCAUCUCCUCCUUGGACGGACUGGAGUGGGAUUCUUCAUUGUUUGAGGAACUCAGCAACUUAGUAGAUGUUGAUUUUUUCGAAGAUGGGAAUUGUGGUGCUUGUGAAACCAGUUAUGAUGAUCUUGAUUUCACAGUAGAUCUGAUGUCAUGGAGUUCAUAUCCAUGGGACGUUCCUGAUAAUCAGUGUACUGAACAAGAUAGACAAACUAACAGGAGGCGUAUGAUCGCUGAUAGUAGCAAAAAAAUGGCAGGCAAUGACUUCUACGAUACCAACAGUCAAUUGGAGCCAGUUUCAUGCCAGACCCCUUCAAUGUCAAAUCUUGAAAGAAUGGCAGAGCGCUCUCUCCCUGCUGGAUGCACCACUCCCGCUCACUCCUCAGAUCUAAAAUCGGAGCCAUUGUCUCCUGCAUCUUCCAGCUGUUCUGUACAGUCUCCUUUGCCUGCUAACUCCCCACUUUCCUCCUCACAAUAUGUACCGGAGGAUAAUUUCUCUGGUACUCGGAUGUCUCCACUUUCUUUAUACUCUGAAGCAACAAUACAUCCUAUAUCCCCAGAUCAAGCUGAAGAAAAGCCAGCAAUCACAAUACCACUUAGCAUGGGUAACUCUUCUACUAAACUUAGAAAACUUGCUCCAGUUUUGCCUAAGCCAUCCAUACAACCGAAAAUUAUCCUGGUUCCUAAUUCUACAGACAUCCAUUCAGCCGCAGGAAUUGCCCCUAAACCGGUUUUACUUCAGCCCCUUACCACAUUGUUGCCAAAGCCACAGCCUUUAAUAACAAUUCAGCCAACAAAACAAGCGGGUCAAGUUAUUUUAACUCCUUCUGCUGUUGUUCAGCUUUCUGGCACUGGGGUAGUAACUUCACAGCCUGUGCUCACUGUAAGUGGGGCACCAUCCAUAAACCUGCUGUCACAUACCAAAACUUCACCGGUCAAAAAACUUUCACAGACGUCAAUCCAGACAACAGACUGUGGAACUGAUAUAAAUGUGAUACGAAGGCAACAAAGAAUGAUUAAAAACCGUGAGUCAGCAUUCCAAUCAAGAAGGAAAAAGAAGGAAUAUAUGCAAUGUUUAGAAAUACGACUGAGAGCAGCCUUGUCCGAGAAUGAAAGACUCAAGAACGAAAAUGGGUCCUUGCAGAAACUUCUGGAAGAAGUUGUAUCUGAGAAUCAGAAGCUUAAAAUCACUGCUCCAAAGAGAAGAGCCGUCUGUCUUAUGAUGUUGGCUGCAUUUUUAAUGAUUAAUUUUAACCCACUAAGUAUUUUGGAGUAUAACCCUGGUCCCUUUGAUGUGGAGGUGAGUCUUCCUCGACCACGUAGUAGAAACUUGCUUGCAUUUUCACCUGAUAGCAUGAAUAUAAAAGACAAAGAAAUUUCACCACCGAAUACAAGACAUGAAAAUCACAUCUCAACUGAAAAGGCCUUGAUGAUUGUGAAAGAGGAUCCACUUCUGUACAUUCCUCCUCCUCCUCCUUGCAGACCACAUGUCAACCAGACAGAAUCCCUUAGGUUAAACCAAGAGCUUCGUGGCUGGGUCCAUAGACAUGAGGUUGAAAGGACAAAGUCUAGACGAACACUUAGCACCCAUAAGGCAAGGGCAGUGCAGAAAUCAGAUGAAAAAGAUGGCAUACAACUUGUAACCGUGCAAUACACAGAGACCAGCUUAAAGAACUCUGUAAAUGAGUUACAGAUAUAUUAUUCUUCACCAAGAAGCUAUCAAGAGUUUUUGGAAGCUAUCCGUAGAAGGAGUGACACAUUUUAUAUUGUUUCUUUUCGUAGGGACCACUUACUACUGCCUGCCACCAGCAGAAAUAAAACCAGCAGGCCAAAGAUAUCAAUUAUUUUGCCAUCAACAAAUGUAGAUGAUAAUGUGAUUAAUGAGCAGGAAUAUGAAGUCAUGAUGCAAAUAGACUGUGAAGUCAUGGACACCAGGAUUCUGCAUGUAAAGUCUGAAACUAUCCCUCCAUUCCUUAGAGAGCAUCGUGAGAACCGAACCAAUUCUUUCUAUAAUGCUGCCUCUUCAGGCCAUGUUGUAAGCACAAUUUCAGAGUCUCCACUUUGAAUUAAAAAAAAAAGGCUCAAGUU